AUGGGUAAAAAAGGCAAGAAAAACACUAAUCAGAACGAUUAUUUGGAUGAAGAAGAUGAGGAUGUCAAUGGUUCAACUGUUGAAUCUACUUCAAGCAGUAUAGGAGAAGUAAAUGAGUCCGGUCAGAAUGAUUUCAUGGCCAAUUUGAAGAAGGCCAAGAGUAAAAAGGCUGCUAAGCAAAAAGAAGAAGAUGAGAAAAAGAAGGCUUUACAUAAAGGACCUGUGAUUAAGUCUAAGAAGGAGAAGGAAAGGGAAAGAAAGGAAAGAGAGAGAGAAAGAAAGAAGAAGCUUGCAGCCAGAAAGAAGGCUGCUCAUCAGGAGAAGGACAAGGAUAGUAGUCCUUUGUCGAAUGAGGCGGCUGUGAUUGGUGAGACUGGUGAUGCUGGUGAGACCGGUGAGACCGGUGACGCUGGUGGUGCUGGCAAGGCCGGUGACGCUGGUGAGACUGUUAAGACUACUGAGACUGCUAAGACUACUGAGACUGUUAAUAUUAAGAAGAAGACCAAAAAGGUUAAGAAACUACCUGCAGGUAUUGCUGCAUUGAAAAGGCAAUUAGAACUUCAAAAACAAGCUGAAGAAGAAGCAGAAAGAUUAGAUAAAGAAGAAGAAAGCAAGCUUAAAGAAGAAGAAAAGACCCGAGAAGAAGAAGUAAAGGCCCAAGAAGAAGGCAAGAGAUUGAAGAAAGAACGGGAAAAGCUCAAGAAGGAGAAGCUUAAAAAGGAGGGUAAAUAUCUGACAAAAAAGCAGAAGCAUGAGAGAGCUGUAGCCAAUAGAAGAAGAGAAUUGUUGCUUGCAUCUUCCGACAUAACCGUUGCAGGAGUUGAGCAGAAGGAUGAAGGAGAAGAGGUUGAGACACACAAGAAGGUGAUGUACGGAAGUAAGAAGAAGAGUCAGAAGAAGAGUAGCAAUGAGAGUACUCCUGUAGCAGAGGAGAAGAGAAAGGAAGGUUCUUUGCCUGAGGAAGAGGUUGAUGAUUGGGAGAAGCUGGCCGGUGGUGCAGCUGAUGGAGCUGAGCCAGCUGGUGAUGAAGUUGCUGAAAGUUGGGAAGACAUGAUUGGAGAUGAAGGAGUUAAAGACGAUGAAGAAGAAGAAGAAGAAGAAGAAGAAGAAGAAGUAGAAACUGAAGAGACUAAAGAAAUUAAAGAGAAAGAAAAGAAUCAGCUUGAAGUUGUUCAGACGGAUCAGAAUAAACAGAAGUCGCAGAAAAGCAAUAAAGGAACUAAAGAGAAUACAGAAAAAGAUCUUCGUUCACCUAUUUGCUGUAUUCUUGGUCAUGUUGAUACAGGUAAAACUAAAUUGCUUGAUAAGAUCCGUGAAACCAAUGUGCAAGGAGGAGAAGCUGGAGGUAUUACUCAACAGAUCGGUGCUACUUACUUCCCUCUAGAUGUGUUGCGUCAAAAGACUGCAGUUAUGUCCAAAUAUGAGAAGUUGACUUAUGAUGUUCCUGGUUUGUUGGUUAUUGAUACCCCAGGUCAUGAGUCGUUCACUAAUUUGAGAAGUAGAGGUUCUUCUCUUUGUAACAUUGCCAUUUUGGUCGUGGAUAUUAUGCACGGAUUGGAGCAGCAGACUUUGGAGUCUCUUCGUUUACUAAGAGAGAGAAAGGCACCAUUUGUGGUUGCCUUGAAUAAGAUUGAUAGAUUGUAUGGUUGGGAGUCUACUCCUGACAAUGCCUUCAGAGACUCGUUCACAAGACAGGCUUCUACUGUGCAAGCCGAAUUUGAAAACAGGCUCAAUGGAAUUAAGUUGCAACUUGCAGAGCAAGGUUUGAACUCUGAGUUAUACUUCGACAACUCCAAUAUAGCUAGAUACGUCAGUAUUGUUCCUACCUCUGCUGUUACAGGUGAAGGUGUUCCUGAUUUGCUCUGGUUGUUGCUCGAACUUACACAGAAGCGUAUGAGCAAACAAUUGAGGUACUUGUCAGAUGUUCAAGCUACUAUUUUGGAGGUUAAGGUCAUCGAAGGUCUUGGUACUACCAUUGAUGUGGUUCUUUCUAACGGUAUCUUACAUGAGGGUGAUAGGAUUAUACUUUGUGGUAUGAAUGGACCUAUAGCCACCAAUAUUCGUGCGUUAUUGACCCCUCCACCUUCAAGAGAGCUUCGUAUUAAGUCGGAGUAUCUUCAUCACAAACAAGUUAAGGCUGCGUUGGGUGUUAAGAUUGCUGCUAAUGACUUGGAGAAGGCCGUCGCCGGUUCAAGAUUGCUCAUUGUUGGACCAGACGAUGACGAGGAAGUGAUGAAAGAUGAAGUGAUGGAUGAUUUGACUGGUUUACUUGAUUCCGUUGACCCCACAGGUAAAGGUGUGGUCGUUCAGGCUUCUACAUUGGGUUCUUUGGAGGCCUUAUUGGACUUCCUUAAGGAUAUGAAGAUUCCUGUCAUGUCUAUUGGCCUUGGUCCAGUCUAUAAAAGAGAUAUUAUGAAGGCUACAAUGAUGUUGGACAAGGCUCCCGAGUAUGCAGUUAUGCUUUGCUUCGACGUUAGGAUCGACAAAGAAGCCGAACAGUAUGCUGAGGAGCAGCAUGUUAAGGUCUUCAACGCUAACAUCAUUUAUCAUUUGUUUGAUGAGUUCACGGCUUACCAGGAGCAUCUUUUGGAGAAGAAACGUAAGGAUAACAAGGAAAAGGCUGUGUUCCCAUGUAUUCUGAAGACCAUUCAGAUCAUUAACAAGCGCAAUCCUAUGAUUAUCGGUGUAGACGUUGUUGAUGGUGUUCUUAAUAUUGGAACACCUAUCGGUACUGUCAAAAUGGAUCCUCUCACAAACCAAAAGGUCAAGUUACCUUUGGGUAAAGUGGUCUCGAUGGAGAUUAAUCAUGAGUCUAAGAUUCAGAUCAGAAAAGGUGAGAGUUCUGCCGGUGUCGCCAUUCGUUUGGAGGAUGCCGCCUCCCAGCCUAUUUGGGGUCGUCAUAUCGAUGAGCACGAUCCAUUAUACUCGAUGAUCACCAGAGAGACCAUCAAUACUUUGAAAGAUCCUGCCUUCCGUAGCACUGUGCCGCGCGAGGAUUGGUUCUUGAUCAAGAAGUUGAAGUCUGUUCUUGAUAUCGAGUAG